AUGAAGCUCUCCAUCCUCAUUCUGGCAGCUGCCUCCGCCCUCGUCCUCGCCGGCGGCGACAAGCAAGAGGAAUCUUGGCUGUGCAAGAAGUGCGACAUCUACACCCUUGAACACUGCGAGAAAGACGUAUGCAAGGACAAGCUUGAGGACGGCAAGUUCAAAGGUCCUGAAUGGCAGAAGUGCUUCUACGACUGUGGCACCAACGAUGUCUGCAAGUACGUACCUGCGGGCGAGACGAAGCCUUGCGGUCGAUGCACCCAUGCCCCCUGCGACAUGUGGGCGUAG